AUGAAAUAUUCCAUCGUCCUCGCUCUUCUGGCCGCGGCCGGAGUGUGUGCCCAAACAUCAGGGUGCGCAGAGCAGACAAAGGUUGCUCGAUGUCUCGAGGCAGCGGCCAAGCCUGCCGGGUGCGAGGAUAACGAGCGUUGUCUGUGUGGAGUGUAUAAAGAAAUCUCAGCCUGCUAUAUCCCUUGCCCUAAUGGGGACCACGCGGUCGACGCCGAGAAACAAGUUGAUGCAUACUGCGAGGUCAAGAGGAAGCGAUCAUUCAAGGAGUGGCUUUCACAGUAG